AUGCUAUUAUUGUUGUUUCUUCUGUUUAUUACGAUUUGUAAUUAUUCGUCUUAUUCCUUAAUUCCUGGAGGUAAAAGGCUAUCGUUUUUGCCUAUCCACAGUGGUCAUUCGAGACAUAAUUAUACGAGAAAUAAGAAUAGGCAUUUUAGACCUUAUUAUAAAAAUGAAAAGCGAAAAUCGCGAAGUUCCGGGAAUAGAAAUAUUUAUAAUUUAGUUUGGCUAGACAGCGAACAUAAGGAUGAUAGAGAAAGUGAAUGGUUAAAUAAUAAUAACAGUUCUAACAAAGAUGGCAUGAGUAAUGAUAGUGAUAUUAUAAGUGAUGAUAAUAUUGAAAAUGAUAUCACUGAUAACAAAAAUGAAUCAAAUAAUUUUCAUCGAUUCAACGCUUUAUAUGAAGGGGAUGAGGACACUGAAGAUGAUAAUAUAACUGACGAAAAUGAUGAUAAAUUAGUUGAUAUAGAAGAAUUAAAUAAUGAUGACAGAAAAUUAAUAGAAUCGGAAAGUAAAGUAGAAGAUAGUCAUAGGUACAAUGUAUAUGAUAAUGAAAUGGUAAAAAAGGAUUCAACAGAAAUAGAUAUGGAUAAAGCUGAUAAAAUAGAUAGAGAAAAAAGUGGAUUGCCUCCAUUUGUAUAUGAAAGUGGAAAUGUAUUUGAUGAUAAUAAACCUAUGGAUUAUGAACCAGAAGUAUAUGAUUUUAAUACAUAUAAUAAAUAUUUUGAUGAAUUAUGCAAAGAAAAAAAGCCAAUAAUUGAUUCGUACCAAUUAGAUAAGGAUUUAUUAGAUGACACAUAUUUUGAUGCAAAGAAAGGAGGCCCUAAAACAUUUGGAUUUAAAUUUAAACAAAUUCAACCAGUAAGAUAUCAUCAAGGAAGAUCAUAUACAUAUUUCUUUAUGCAUUCACACGAAGUUGAAUUAUCUCCUAUUUUUUUAAAUGCAUUUCGAAGAGUUGCAAUAAAGCAUUUAAAAGGUGGUAGAGUUACAGCUUUAAGAAUACCUGGGAUGAAACAUGAAUAUUAUUGUAUAGUUGGUGUUCGAGAAAAUUUUUUUGAUUUAUCACAAAAUUUAAGACAAAUAACAUUUAAAAAUGUCCCAGAAAAUGCAGAUAUGAAUAAUUAUAUAACUGGGAAAUUUCGAAUAAAAGGGCCAAUGAUAGUUGUAGCAGGGCAUAUGCAAUUACCAAAAAAUAUUGAAAUAAUUAAUAAAAAUCAAUAUAUAUGUUAUGUUGCUGCCGGAAGUUAUUUAGAAAUGGAUGUCAAAAUAGAAAGUAUAGAAGAAUAUGUAAUGCCAGAAUAUGGAGCUCAAUCACGAAAUAGAGAUAUAUGUAAAGAUAAUUUUAUUCACUUUUGUAGUAGUUGUACACCUGUAGAGCAUUUUGGUUUUACUGGGCAAAGACGAGGUAUUAAUUUAGAUAUUUUAGGUGAAAUUAACAUUGUUGAAAUGCACACCGAUGGAUCAAUAACUCCGAAAACCGCACUUUUAAAAACUAUUGAUUAUAUGUCAGAAAAUUUCCAAUAUAUGGAAAAUGCUUUGCAUAAUAAUUGUCAUUCAUGUGAAGAUGGAUCAUUAGAAGAAGAAUUCCGAAAUCCUGAAUUUUAUAUGGAUAAAGAAAGAUAUACUGAUGUGCCAUGGAAUAAGUACAAAAGUACUUUAGAAGAAGUUGAAGAAACAAAAAGUUGGUUAUAUAGAAAAGAUGUGCAUAGGCAAUAUAAUAUUGAUCCAGAAAGUGCACAAUCAAAACAAGAAAGAGAAAUUUUAUGGCAAAAGAAAAAAAAAAUGCAGAUGCAAAUUAAUAAGAGAAGAGAGCAAAUCAAAAAAGGUCCUACUACAGAAGAAGGAGAAAUUAUACCCGAUGAUGAAAGACAUGAUUGCUUGUUAGACUGGCCUGUAGACAAAUCCGAGAGAAAUAUGAAUCCACCAAGAUGGGUCAUAGAAAGGCCGCUCGAUAAGACACCACAUAUAGGCCACGAGGAAAUUUACGACGAAGGAAUUUGA